GAGUGAGCGAUCAGAGAUUACAGAGGUGGCAGCUCUCUUCACGCGUCCCUCACACCCUCUUUCAUUACUCUCUCUCUCUCUCUCUCUCUCUCUCAUAUAUAUAAAUCUCCCUUCUUUUCUUUCUUCUCAAUACAAUAUUUAAUUUCUUAGUCUCUUAGGCGCGGAGUUCCGACGACAUGGGCGGUGGCUCAGCAGUGAAGUGGUUGGCAUUUUGGUGGCUGAGUGUUUGUAGUUGUAGUAGUUUUGUUUAUGGGGGAAACUUUUAUGAGGAUUUUGAGAUAAAUUGGGGAGAAGAUAGAGCUAAGAUUUUUAAUUCCGGUGCCCUUCUUUCUCUUUCUUUAGAUAACCUUUCUGGCUCUGGUUUUCACUCUAAGAAAACCUACCUCUUUGGCCGGAUUGAUAUGCAGCUCAAGCUCGUCGCCGGUAACUCCGCCGGUACCGUCACCGCCUACUAUUUGUCUUCGGAAGGGCCAAGGCAUGAUGAAAUUGACUUUGAAUUUUUGGGAAACUUAAGUGGUGACCCAUACAUUCUUCAUACAAAUGUGUUCACUGAGGGAAAGGGAAAUAGAGAACAACAAUUCUACCUUUGGUUUGAUCCCACUAAAAACUUCCACACUUACUCUAUCAUUUGGAAUCCCCAACAAAUUGUAUUCUUAGUGGACAACUAUCCAAUAAGAGAAUUCAGAAACGCAGAGGUAUUCGGCGUACCCUUUCCUAACACACAACCCAUGAGAAUCUACUCUUCUCUUUGGAACGCGGACAAUUGGGCCACUCGUGGCGGACUAAUUAAAAUCGACUGGACCCACUCGCCUUUCACCGCAUAUUACCGCAACUUCAACUUCAACGCUACCACCACCACCGCCGACUACUCCUCCAAGUCCUCCUCCGCCGCUUCUCCCCAUGCUGUCUACCAACUCGAUGCAUUCGGUCGGCGCCGCCUCCGCUGGGUCCAAAAGUACUUUAUGAUCUACAAUUAUUGUACGGAUCUCAAGCGCUUCCCUCAGGGCCUUCCUCCUGAAUGCAAUCACCACCAUUACUAAUUUCCCCAAUUCUGUUUUCCUAAUUGAUUACGGGUUUUCUCACGUCUGUGAACCUUCAUGCUUCUUCCCUCUAUUUCAUGUACAAAAUGUUUUCCUUUAAUUUUCUCUACUUUAUAUAUAUCCAAUAAAAGUUUUGUUAUCUAAA